AUCAUAGUGGCUUUGUUCGCACACAGAUGUCGCUUUUGUAUCCCUUUCCCCAGCUCUGACACGUCGGAUAAAGACGAUGAGCCGGCAGUUCCUGCACUCAGUGGACAUCCUGCUAGGUGCUUCAGCGCUGGUGAUCCUCUACAAGCUGUACACCCGCCUAGUGAAGUCAGUGCACCUCCCGUACCCACCCGGCCCGCCCGGAUACCCACUCAUCGGCCAUGUCAAGACUCCCGAAGAGCCAGGCUGGUCGGUCUAUCGCGACUGGAGCCAACAGUAUGGCUCGGAUGUCAUACAUCUCAACUUAGUGGGCACGCACCUCAUUGUCUUGAACAGCUUGCAGUCGUGUACGGACUUGCUGGAGAAACGGUCAAACAUCUACUCCGACAGGCCUACGUCGGGCAUCACCAUGCUUUCUGAGCUAUGCGGGCUUAGCUGGAGCUUCGGACUGCAGUGCUAUGGUCCCGAAUGGCGCGACGGCCGCAAGGCGUUCCAAACGCAGUUCCACGCGGGUGUAGUGCAGAAGUACCGCCCGGCGCUCUCGCGCGAGAUAUACCGCUUCCUGCGCCGGCUGUGCGCAAACCCCGCAGAGUGGGCACAUCUUCUCAAUUUGAUGGCAGGAGGUUUGAUAAUGUCUAUCGGAUAUGCGAUUGACGUCCAGGAGAAAAACGACCCACUCCUGGCAGCGGAAGAGCAUGCCGCCGAGUGUGUGAAAAAGACCUUGGUUCCUGGUGCCUACCUCGUUGAUAUCCUUCCAUUUUUAAAAUACAUGCCAGAGUGGCUUCCAGGCGCAGGGUUUCAGCGGGAAGCGAAAGCGUGGCGAAAGUCCAUGCUGCAAGUAUUGCAUGCACCGUACGACGUCGUAAAGGAGCGCAUGGCAAGAGAUCCAGCGGCGACGCCCGACUGCGUCACGAAGUCCUUGAUGGAGAAGAUGGUCGAUACUGCGAAGGACCCUGCCUACAUGGAACGAGUUGCCAAAUCAGCAGUCGGCUCGAUGUACCUUGCCGGCUCCGACACAACGCUCUCGAUUAUUAUGUCCUGCAUCCUUGCAAUGGUGCUCCACCCCGAUGUUCAGCGUCGCGCACAAGAGUCUAUCGACAGGGUUUGCCAGGGUCGGCUUCCUGACUACUCAGACUACGAUGCCCUGCCGUAUGUACAUGCGUUCGUGCGAGAAGGCCUGCGGUGGAACCCGGUGGUUGCCUUGAAUCUUCCACACAGAUGCACCACCGACGACAUCUACAAAGAAUACCUUAUUCCCGAGGGUUCUAUUGUUGUCGCCAACAUUCGGGCCAUCUUGCACGAUCCUACAGUUUACCCUGAUCCAUCAAUUUUCAACCCAGAGCGCUUCUUGCGCCGCACGCUCGACGACGAGCUCGAGCUAGACCCCAACGUGUUAGACCCGGCACAAGCCGCCUUUGGCUUCGGACGACGAAUCUGUCCAGGACGUCUCAUGGCGUACCAGUCCAUAUGGCUCGCGCUCGCGAAUCUUUUGGCUGCGUUCCGCAUUGAGUGCGCAAAGGACGAGAGCGGGGAGCCGAUUGUCCCGAGCGGAGAGUACGACUGGGGUUUCUCAAACCACCCAAAGCCGUUCAAGUGCGCGAUACGCCCGCGCUCGAAAGAACACGAGCUGCUCGUCGUGCGGGCUGCUAAGGCCAGCGAAGAGUGAGGGUCUCCGGAGGCGAUAUUUGGGAGAUGUCGUGUGAGCCGGAGAGUAUAUCGCCGCCCUAGAGGCUAGCUUAUCACCGGAAGCCUAAUGGUUACCGACAACAUUGCAUAAAAAGUGUGCCGGCUGUGGAACGAGAAAUAUGGUGCAUGCCCGC